CAUGCGGCAGUUUAUUCUGCAGCAGUGCCACGCUGAACCACAAUACCCAUAAUUCUCCGCGUGACUCUUACCUCUGCGUCAUCACUGCGACGAAGAUUUGUUGCUAAACAAACCAAAACAGAUGAUUUACUGUGAUCUAUAAAAAUGGAGUCAGAAGAGUCAAAGGAGGGCUGUACUCCAAUCCAGCCUUCACCUACACCUUCCUCACAGUCAAAAAGACCAAGUCAGGCUCUGUAUGUCCCAAAACAACGUCUCCAAGCAUCCAAAGACAAAGCUCAGACUCAGGGUGAAGUUAAACCAAGACCCAGGCCUCGCUAUACAGACAAGGCACGAAAGAACGCCAAGAACAAGAAGAACCAAGCUGGAGCAGCAGUUAAAACAACACCUGGUGGAGGAGAAGAUGGGGGUGAUGUACAUAAUGGUGAGGCAGAGUCUGAUGCAAAAGCGGAGAGGUUGCAAGACACGGAAGUGCAGAGUAACGGGCAGUCUGAGUUGUCUAAUGUAACAGAAGAUGUUAAAUCACGACUGGAGGAAACAUCCCCUCAGGAUGAGAAGGGGGAAGAGGAGAGCUGGGAUACCCUGUUCAACGAUGAUGGGGACUGCCUUGAUCCACACUUGUUGGAGGAGUUUGCUAAGAUGGAAGGAAAAAAGAAAGAGUCAGUUCAGGAGCCCAGGUUUGAUUACUACAACAUGGACCGAGAUUACGAUGAUGACAUCGACCUCAGAGAGGAUGAACUAUCUCACAUUGUAGAGAUUUAUGACUUUCCUGCAGAAUUUAAGACAGAGGACCUUCUCAAGUUAUUUCAGCCCUACCAACAGAGAGGGUUUGAUAUUAAAUGGAUUGAUGAUGCACAUGCCCUGGGUCUCUUCUCCAGCCCUAUUGCAGCUCGUGAGGCCCUCAGAUCAAAUCAUCCACUGUUGAAGGUGCGCCCACUUUCCAAGUCUUCCCCUGCUACUAAAGCCAAAGCCCGUAGCUGCUCAGACUACCUCUUACCUGCUAAGGAGAGACCUCAGACGAGUGCAGCACUAGCUCGUAAGCUUGUGAUUGGUGCUCUUGGUGUGAAGAGCAACCUGACGAAGGAGCAAAGAGAGGCAGAGAGGAAGAAAUUACAAGAGGCAAAAGAACAAAAGCGCCUGGCUGCCAAACAAAGGGAAGAUGCUUGGGAGGGAAAGUGACUGGAACAGAAAUCCACUCACUAUCUCAUCUAUUCAGAGUUGAUAGCGUCUCUGUUUUUUCAGUAAAUUCUGGGUUUCUCCUGCUCUCUUUUUUUUUUUUCUCCGUCUAGCCAUUUUAUUCCUUCAGAGAGGAAUCCCCACUCUUUUCUUGGGCUCCAGUUUUGCACCAGAUUACAACGUCCUGUUUCCUACUGUUCUCUCACAUUGAAGUCCAUACUUUGUUAAUGUGGGCACUGUUGUCUUCUGCCACAAAUGGGGCAACAAAGAAGAAGGUGCUUUUUGUCUCUAACAUUGUACUCAAGGCCUGUAGUGAUACACACACUGAACCAAUCAUUGAGUUGAAUGACAUGUUGUAAAAGGCCUCUUUCUGGUUUUUAUAUGAAAUGUUUUAUGUUUAUAAAUAGGAGCUACCUGUAAAUGUGAGGGCAGCAUGACUUUUUGGUGUUAUUACUUUCUGUAAUAAGAUGCAGUGUGACAUUAUACAUCAAGUCUGUUGUUGAAGUGUGUUUUACUAUUGUUUACAGUCGGUGUGUGUCGCAGUUCAGUAAAUUCAUCAAUAUUUGUCUACUUACAAAGCUGUGCAGAUUCAGAAGCCUACUUUUUAAAUUGUCUCACCACAUUGUUUUAGUAAAGUUUGUUGCUCAGUGAAUCCAAAUAAUGAUUUGUGUAAUUAGAUUCAGUUUCUUUCAACAUCCAUCCAGGUUUCAGAAACAUGUGCUUCCUGACAACUGGAGGCGACUUCAACCACAGGCCAUGUGGUGUUGAGUCGCAUUCACCUCUUGAGCGAAUAAUUAUGGUUCAAUCUCACAACAAGGAGAGGUGGAACAGCAUAUUAGUGAUUUGUCAACUUUUUAUCAGGCUGAACCUUUUGAUUGGUGAGUUUGUCUGCUCUUUGCCUCUUGUGACAAUGGUAUCUGGUUAGAAUAAUAAAUAACAGUGCGUUUCUCCUUCAGGGGAUCAAUGACGUUCAUCUGUACCUGUAUAAUAAUCCAGAAUGCUUCCAGGUUUUGAAGAUGAGCGUUUAUAUCAGGGUUGUUGUGGUUUUUUUGGGUUGUUUUUUUUUAAGGAUAAAUCUGAAACUUGCGCUCAAUUUCCUGCAACCCUUAAAACAAAUGCACAACUAAAAAACAAACUGAAAACCAUGUAACAUUUAAGCCAAAUUCUGCUUUUAUAUAUCGUAUUACACAAAACCAUCAAAUACACAAACUCAGUAGUCAAUAAACACAGAUCGAAUUAAUUAAAAAGGUGAAAUCUUCAAUGGAGUAAAAUAAGAUGAAACUGAGUGGAAAAAGCCAAAAAGAAUAGAGGUAAAGGAAUGUAGAACACAGGGAAGAUCUGGGGUGUAGAGUCAACUGUGUGACUGUCCAGCUACGGUUAUUGACGUCACAUGAAGAAAAUGGUAAACAAGAGUUAGAAGGAUCUCAUCAGGUGUUUGUUUCCCUUCUUCCUCAUACUCCUCCUCCUCCAUCUUGUCCUCCUAUUAUUACUACUGCUGGUUAUCAUUGAGCAAAACAACUAAACUGCCCCAUGUCUUGUUCGUGUAUAGUGAACAAAUGUGGUAAAAAUGCACAAGUUCUUCCAGUAGAAGUAAAAAUGUCUGUUAAUAGAGGUAGUAGUAAUCCAGCCUCAUCACUCAAGUAUAGGUACACAAGUGCAUGCCCCAAACAAAAUAUAGAUCCAAUCUUACAAAUCUCAUUGAAGUUGGUUUUUGGUCUAUAUUACGUUGUUCUCUGUAUGUAAUAACGUUCUAUUCAAAUAGGUUGAAAUCAGUCUGGAUGUUUUGAAAAACAUACAAUGAUGCAAAAUAGAAGUCCCUGCAAAUAUAAAGUAAUAUAAACCCUGUUCUGAAAAUGUAAGGAGUACACAGCACAUAUUUGGUUAAAAUGUGGGGAGUAAAAGGUUACAAAAAAGAAAAAAUCGGAAAAAUGAACACUCAAAAUACAGAUUGGUGAAAAAUCUAACGAAGUACAGUAGUAAAAUAGUAAAGUAAAGCCAGUGAAUAAACACAUGUUGAACCAAAAUUUUAACAAAUCAGAUUCAUGGGAAACAGGUCUGUCUUUUGCGAGUUUGUAUUGUGUUCUGGGAUCUUUUAGUUGUUCAAACCUGCUAUUGUGUAUAAUGAAUCACUAAAUUAAACUGUAAAUAUGAUGUAUCUACAGAUGUUACUGCAGUAUGUAGGAUAUUCAACCCCAGUACUGUUGUAGACGUGCCACGUGGCUCACGCUGUACUAAAUUAAAGUGUGUCAACCUCAGAGGACAACUCAUA